AUGAUUGGAAACUUUUGUCAUCUCGGCGUCAAUCAUGAAGUGCAGUUGCAGAAAAUGUCAAAAGUCCUAGAAAACGUGGCUCCCGAAGCUGUCGUCAAUUACGAGACAAACUUCUCGGACGAUCCCGGCCUCUUCAAAGUUAUUGUCAAAAAGCAAUCAAAAAGAACGGAAAAAACCAUGGACACAUCUAAAUCGUGUAUUUCAGUGAUGUUUGCGUGUUCUACGUCGGGUGUUAUGCUACCGCCAUACGUAGUUUAUAAAGCAGAUCAUCUGUGGAGCACCUGGACAGAAGGUGGGCCUGCAAAUACCAGAUAUAAUAAAAGCCCGUCUGGUUGGUUUGAUGGCAAUAUCUUUGAUGACUGGUUUUUAAGUAUUGCCCUUACCUAUUUCAAAACCUUACCUCCUGGCCGCAAAGUCUUAAUAGGCGACAAUUUGGCAAGUCAUAUUUCCAUAGAAGUGAUACGGAAAUGCGAAGAGAAUGACAUCUGCUUUGUUUUGUUGCCGCCUAACAGCACCCAUUUAACGCAGCCUUUGGACGUUGGCGUUUUUAGACCUAUUAAUGUCAAAUGGCGGCAAGUCCUGAAAGAUUGGAAGGCUAAAAAUAAGGGCACUAUAAGAAAGGACAGAAGACAAAGAGGAAGAAAGCUCACACAACUCUCGUUCUCAAGCUCCGAUAGCAGCGACGAAGAUCUAGCACUACCACUCCAUUUACAGAAAUCUUACACUGGGCGUGAUGAUAGUGAUGACGACCCGGAAACAUUUUCGGAUCUAGAAAACGAUACCCUCUAUAAUGAAACCUUUGAAGACGAAAACACUCCAGAAAACCCAUUGGAAAAUGAACUUGGAGCAAUAAAGCAAAUUAAAUGUCCGAUGCUCCGGAGUGACAAACCGGAAUGUUGUUGGGAUGUUCAGGGGAGAGACAAAGAACUGUCAGAAGUGAUUUCUGAUAUAAAAACGAUUAUCAAAAAGCUUGAGUUUUGGGAACAAAGCUUAAUCGAUGGCGAUACCAGGUAUUUUCCUGCUCUUUCAGAAAAGAUAUCCAUUCUAACCAUAUGCAGUAAAUAUCAUGUAGAAAAAGUCUCUAGCUUAAAUGAUAACUUCAAAAAUCGUUUCAAGGAUUUCAGCGAAAUUGCUAUAGUGGUGCAACUUGUUGUUUCACCCUUCAUGGAAAUUGAGAUCCAACAGUUUGCAACUUCUGUUACGCAGAAUUUUGGCGAAGAUAUCGCGCGACAGAAAUGGAAAACGUUGUUGGAAUCGAGGACAUUAACUCUCUGGAAUCUGGACAUCUCAGCAGAUUUGGGAAUAACGCUGCAGAUGAAAUACGUCACAAUAUACAUAGCCUUCCAGCCAGUUUCCCGUGUUGAUACUUCUGACAUUACUAUAGAAAACAAGCAGUAUUUGGUAGAAGAUGUUAACUUUAGUUUUGAUGGAGUAACAGAAAAUGACUUUGAUAUUAGUGCAGCUACUUACUUAUAUUUGAAGAUAAAGCAGAAAAGGCGCAAGGCAUUCCACGUCUCCACGACAAACAAUCCGAAAUUACGACAUUCACGGGUUAUUUACACUGGCCAAAGACACCAGAGAGGACAGGGAAGAAGAAACCCGGCCAAAAAGGUCCUUGUGUGA